AUCUUCGCCUGAUGCAGAAAGGAUAUUGUCAGCCCAUGCGGCGAAUAUAUUGACUUCCUUGCCGACGAUGUCAAUGGCUGGUAUAAAGCGGUGCGAUCCGAAGGUAUCGACGACAACCUCCGCAUCGUCUUCGACCUUCCGUGCUCCCAUAGAUCGCUAGGAUGUCGUUCGAGCCCAUAGUCAAGACCUUGCAUUCCAGCGACGGGACAACCAUUCAUGCCGAAAUCGUCGGUAACCUUCAGAAGCCGUGCCUCGUCUUUGUACACGGGCUGAACAUGUCCUGCCUCGCGUUCGACGGUCUAUUCCGGGACAGUUCUAUGCUUCGCGAAGUCUGCAUGGCACGAUAUGAUCUGCGUGGACACGGACGCAGCGGUAAACCCGAAGAUCCGGAAGCGUACAAGUCGUCGCUCUAUGCUGACGACUUCGUCACUGUGAUGCAAGAAUUCGGCUUCAGCAAGCCAAUCUUGGUCGCUUGGAGCUACGGAGGUACAAUCUCAGCAGAUAUUUACGCCAACCUCAGCGCAGACACCCUUGCAGGGAUUGUCUACGUCAGCGCAGUCCCGUACAUCGGCCCGCCCAUGUUCCCAGACUCCAUAACUCCACCUACCAUCGCACUUAUACAGAGUCAGAUGGUGGGGACGGACAUCACCUCGUACUUCCGUGACAAAGCAGCCUUCGUCGACGCAAUCUGGAAGGACAUCGACAGAGUCGACUACCGCUUACGCCUAACGUGGCUCGGGCCUGCAUACGUGCAGACCCCACAGGUGAUGCGCAACAUCGUCACACGGCCUCAAGACCCAGCGAAGCUCCUGGAAGUCGUACGCAGCGGCAUACCUGUGCUAAUGCUAUAUGGCGAUGCGGACAAGAUGGUGCUUGGGGAGUACGUUGCGGAGAAGAUGAAGCCACAUUGUACGAAUGCGGAAGUAUACGUUGUCAAAGGGGGAGGACAUGCGCCCUUCUUUGAGGACCAGGAGGAGGUCGUGCGUGAGCUCUUGCGAUUCGUUGGCCGUGUCACAACGUCAAGCAAACUAUAGUAACAUGGACUAGGUACAUAUGUGGCUUCCGAAGGAGUAAGUGCGACCUG